UCCUCUCAACUCAUCUGCUGCAACCCUCCAUUCAUCUGGAACACUGGGCAAAAUCAGUCCUUAUAUCUACCCUAAUCACCAUCAUGGACACCACAAGGAACAUCCUCUCCAUCUCUCAGGCACUCUACCACCUGAUUGUCAUGAUGCUGACACUGGACCAAGGCGUUCAUUUGAUGCCAGUUCCUACUGACGUCCCCAUGUGCACGGCAUCAGAAACUGCCCAGUACAGGCUAACGUUUACCGGCAAGUGGACCCAGGCAGCUUUCCCUAAACAGUAUCCUGUCUACCGGCCCCCUGCACAGUGGUCAAACCUCAUUGGGGUGACCCACAGCUCUGACUUCCACAUGUGGCAGCGUAAUGAGUUUGCCAGCAAUGGAGUGAGGGAGUUUGCUGAGAAAGGCGAGGCCUGGACGCUGAUGAAGGAAGUCGAAGCGGCCGGCGAACGCAUCCAGAGCGUUUAUGGGAUCCUCUCCGCUCCUGCUGUUAUGGGAGGCACCGGCCAGAUGAACACUGAGUUUGAGGUCUUCGCCAGACACUCAUAUCUGUCGUUUAUUGUGCGUCUCGUUCCAAGCCCGGACUGGUUUGUAGGCGUGGAGAGCUUCGACCUGUGUGAUGGCGACCGCUGGAAAGAGAACGUGUCACUGGAGCUUUUCCCAUAUGAUGCAGGAACUGACAGCGGGUUCACCUUCUCUUCUCCAAACUUUGAGACCAUCCCACAGGACAAAAUCACACAGAUCACUUCUUCCUUCCCUAGCCACCCUGCCAACUCCUUUUACUAUCCCCGCCUGAAGCACCUGCCGCCCAUCGCCAAGUUAACGCUGACCAAGAUAAAGAAGACCAAUCAGAUCAUCAGCCUGCCUGUGGAGCCCACCCAGUCCAACCAACUGCCAACAGGAAACGAGAUUGAGGACACGCUCAUAAAUACCCCUCUGGACUGCGAGGUGUCAGUGUGGUCUCCUUGGGGUUUGUGCAAAGGCAAGUGUGGAGACUCAGGCGUGCAGCACCGCACACGCUAUGUCAUAAUGCACUCAGCCAACAACGGAUUAGCCUGCCCUCUGCUGGAGGAGGGCAGGAAGUGCUUCCCCGACAACUGUUUAUGACUAAGCCAGGAGAGGAGGGAGAAGAAAGAGAGGAGGGAGAGGAGAGAGAAGAAAGACAGGAAAGACAGGAAGGGGAGGAAAGGACGAAGACGAAGAAACAACAACAAAAGGUCUGCAAUGUUUUUACAUGAGGCAAAAAUAUGAUGACUUCCUUAUUUCCUCCCAGGCUAUGGCCUAUGUUUGUGGAAACUCUUAAACUGCAGAAAGUCUCAUCCUCAAGUCACAGUGAUAGAUCUGACAGCACUAGAGAGGUGUAGUUUGGCAAAAAAAAAAUAAAAAAGCUAUUAGACACCAAUUCAGUUUUGACAGAUUAUCUAAAUUGUGUGGGGAUGGAACAGUGCAGUUUGAAACAUAGCCAUUGAGUAAAAACACAUUUUCACAUUGUAAUUGGGCUUAAUUUGUUUGGCACUGGAUUAUAGUUUACAGGAGCUUCUAUCAAGCGGAUUUGGAAAUAAAUCCAUGUAAAUGAUACUCAAGAUCCAAUAUCCAAGAAAUACAUGUUAAAUCCAAAUAAUUUCAGCUCUGACACAGGGGAAAACAUGAUGCCUCAAUCCUUCCAUUAGCAGAAAUACAGAAUUAGAAGAGUGAGUCGGGAAAUUAAAUUAAUGUACAAUCCUCCCCCACUUUCAAAACAUAAUGUUAUUGAGACAUUAUGGUUGCUCUCCUGAAGACGAAGAAUAUAUUUAUUGACAGGAUUUUAACCUGUAGUGUACAGUAUACCAAAUGUCAAAGUAAUGUGUUGUAUGCCUUUUUUGUUAUGGAGAUAUUAGUUCAAAGUUUUUUUGUACAAAAAAAUGUUUGUUUUCUUUAUGGUCAAUAAAAUGUAA